AGAAUGACCUAAAUCAUUCUCACUUUUUAAUUUGUUCCAUGUAACAGGUGUUUGGGUUAAUUGAAUUUCUUUCUCAGCAGGAGUAAUUUUCCAGGUUUUAAAGUUAAACAUCAGUGAAUUGUAAUGUGAAAAAUUUCUAGAAAAUAUUCUAGUGAAUUUUGAAAUUAAUUUUCUGAAUAUUAUUUUUAGGUAACAAAUUCUCAUGAAGAAGGUGUAUACUGCCUUCCACAUGCUAUUGAACUUCUUACAAAGAAGAGACAUCAUUUGAAGUACUGUAAAUUGAUGUACACUUAUGAUCAGGUAGAACUGAAUGAACUGAUUCAAAAAUUACAAGAUAAAAUUGAGGCCAAGAGUCAAAAGAAGUCAUCACAAGGAAAACAAAAUGCCUCAAUACUGAAGUGAAUAUGCUCAAAAUAGUUCUCUAGCAUAUACACAAGAUAACUAAUUUUCUGGCUGUGAUUUCCAGAAACAAAAAAUUAUGAAGAAUCUUGACCAUUGUGUAUUAUUUGUGCAUUCGCAUGUCUUGUAAAUGCAGUUACAGUUUUGGUCAUUUGGUCUUCAACUUUAAUACAAUGAAUACAAGGGCUACUUUCUUAUAAUUUUUUUUAUUUGCUUCUUUCAAACCUUUUAUUUUUGUAAAAUUAUAAUUUAUGUAAAUAUUUUGUUAUGAUUAAAACACGUUUCCAUGAAUCUUAAGAAUUCACAUUUAACACCAGGUAAAACACAUUUAUUGUACAAUUUCUUAGUAGAGUCUGUGUAUAUCUUAUAUUAUAAUUUUCUUGAUAUAUCUUUGCUCUUGAUGAGCAAAUAUCUUCACUAUUGUAAAAAAUAUAUAUCAAUUGACUGCAUAUAUUUAUUAGUACAGAACUAUGUUUAAUCAACAGAGUUGUCACUCCCAUACUUCAUUUUUAUAACUGUUAUGAGAUGGUGAUUAAAAUAACUGUCAUUAUUAAUAUUAUUAGUUCUUAUUUAUUGAUUUUUUUUUAAUAUCAUAGAUAUUUAUCUUCUUGGCAAAACUUUAUAAAACAAAUGGACAGAAUUCUAUCUCUUAAGUAUUAUCUAACAAUAUGUGGCUUCUAUCUAUGAUCUCUCGGAAUUACUUCAUAUAUACUAAAACUGUUUUAAAUUCAACAAACUUCCAAAGGUGAUUUCUUCACCAUGUUUUCUGAGUUAUGUGACUGCAACUCAACAUUUUUCCAUAGCAGGUUUUAUUGUAAAUUGUACAUUCUAAAUAUUUUGUAUUUUUUGUGUCAAGAUAUGUAUUAAUGUCUUAUAGGUCAGAAUAAUUUCUCUGUAGCCUUUCCUAUUAACUUAGGUCAAUUAUUAAUAAAAUCUUAAGCAUGAACUAUUCACAGUUUGAGUUGAAAUCAAGAAGUUACAAAUUUAACUUCUAACAGACUAAGGAAUUGGCCAUUUCAUAUGCAUUUUUUAUUAGUUGAAUGUGAUUAGAUCAACUGUGCUAAUAACAAGAAUCAUUUUAAAGUAUUGAAAGUGAAAGCACUUAUAUUUACAUUUGAUCAACUCUCAAGUAUGGGUAUUUCAGGAUUGUAAUUUUAGUGUUAAUUACAAGUUUAUCAUGAAAUGUUUUGUUCAGCAUUCAUGGGACAUGAGUUCGUACUUAAUUUCAAUUAUAUGAACAUUUUUUGUGUGAAUAAAAGCAUACAAGAGUUGAAUAAUAUAGCAAAAUUAGGCUUUUAUUUUGUGUGGUUGUUAAAAAUAAUUAAAACUUUCAAGUUCCUGAAAAUGAGGAAAUCUAUAUUUAUUCAUUUGUUUCUAUUAUGAUGUCAUAAAAUUUAUAAUAAAAUAUAUUUUUUUGAAUUAGGUGGUGAUGUUCUUUUGAUUAUUGUUACUGAAAAUUAUGUAAUAUUGAAAAGAUUUAGAUUGUGAUUAUAUGUUUAAUAGUAUCUCACUUUAUCGAAGGGAACCAAUCUUCAGGUAGGGGUCUCUACUUAACAACUAAUAAGUAUUUUAUCAUUUUCUAAAACAUUGAAUGGAACAAUUUUAUGACAUUUAGAAGAAAAUACACCAUGAAAUGUACCAUAUUGGAUACAACUAUUCCUGUGAUACAUUACAAGUUCGUGUUCAUUUUGCAUCUUUGAUUAUGAAAGAUAUAGUUGUCUCAAAAAGCCAUAUUUCCUGUAUAGCUGUGUAAUAAUUGUGUGUUUCAGCAGUGUGUUGUAGAAAUAGAAUUUUUAAUUUUAGUAUAUCUUUGUUAUAAAUAGUUAUUUAGUUACAACUAAGGGCCACACAUUUACUUGGGUGACUUGUUUUUGUGUCAGACCCGAAAGGAAUUUAUGGUGUCUCUCCUAUCAAGGUAGAAUAACUGAAAUACAAAUCACACUUGAAAAUUAUUUUAAUUUUAAUGGGAAAACAUAAUUGUGAAAAUACAUUUCCCCAUAAUAUUUAUAGAAUGCAAAAAUUAUCUGAAGCAAGUACAUCACAUUUUUUCUGUUCUGAUCUAACUAUAAAUAUAAUUACUUUUCCAAUGAUUGGGGACUUCUAUAUAGUAUGAAGGCAAAUAUGUUCAUUUUGUAUUGCCUUUUAUUUUAUGUGGUGAUAUAUUAGAAUGUACUUGCAAGAUGAAGUUAAUAUGUUGUAAAUUGAAAACAAUACGGGAGCCAACUUUUCUAUGGUUAUUUUUUUAUUUUGGUACUUCUUGUCGAGUAUAACACUUCAUAACUCAACAAACAACAUGUAUUCAUGAUGAAAUGUUUAUUUAAAAACUAAAAACCUUUACGUUGCAAGAUGCUGAUCACUUACCUUCUUCUCAGGUGUUCUAAACUUCUAAUUGUGAUUCUUUUGAGUAGAAAUUCAAGUGUUUUCCAUCAUUUCUGUUUUUAUGUUUUAUUCCAUCAAGGACUAGGUUUCCAUUUCCUAUUUCCAGAAACUAUUUAUCACCUGUAAACAUUUGUAAUUUUUUAAUGAAUUCAGUUAAAUUUAUGUUGUCAAUUUUUCUCAGCAGCCUUAUAUCAGAAGUUAAAAAAAAAAUUUAUAUGAAUGAUUUUCAUGUCCUAAAUGUAACUUUCUUGCUAGUGGAACAUGACCAUGUAAACUAAAUUAUCUUUCUGGUUUCAAACAGACUAAUUACACUCUAUUCCUUGAAAAAAAUUUGAAUUGUUAAAAAAUAUUACAAUUAUAUUUACAUUUGAAAUGUAUGUAGACAUUUCAUUUCUUCUAAUGAUUAGUCAUUUCAAUGUAACACAAUGGAAGAAAACUGUUAAAACACUUCUAAUAGACAUUACAAAGACAAGUAAAACAUAAUAAUAAUAAUAAUAAUAAUAAUAAAAUGGUUAUAUAUUAUGACUUCUAAAGAAUCUUUGAUAUAUGCUGUGUACAAAUGAGAAGUUGUGAUUGCAAUAAACAACACACUACUUACAAAAUGCAUACAAAUGUUGGAAGGGUCAAAAUUAACAUUCGAAGUGGUAGAAAAAAUUACUGUUCCAAAAUGAGCUAUAAGAGUUUUAAAGAUUUAAUGUUUAUAAAAAAUGCAGAUUGAAAUAUGUUCACAUCAUUCAAUUUAUUUAAAACAAAUGAAACACCAGAGGAAGUUGUCAAUUUUUUUGACGUUUUGGAAUUUGUAUACUGUUUAAUAAAGCAGUCUAAUUAUGUUUUAAAAACAUAAGUACAUGAUGUGUGAAUGAAUGGUCUAUUCACCUGUGAUUCAAAGUGCCUAUUCAAUAAAUUGCUGAUACCAUGAAAAAAGAGAUACGUUGAAAGAUCAUUUCAUCUCACAAUUUUCAAUGUUUUCAAAUACAUAAAAUGAAUGUUUUUAUUCAAACCUUGUCUACGUCUGCCAAAUAGUGGUAUUUUGAGACAGAAUAGAAUAAAUUCUUACUUAUAAAAUUUGAAUCUUUACAAAUAAACUAACCUUUAGUUUUGAAUUCUAGUUCAUCAUCGUCAUGGAUAUUUAUGGUUUAGUUCUGUGUGAACAAUUCUUUACCUGCCAGUAUUUCCUUAGUUACUAUGGUGUUCCUGAUCUUGCUCUCUUAGUUUAGGUUUCCACAUUCUCUCCAUCUCUUUGGCCUUCAUGACAGAAUGUGUUUUAUCUAUGUUCUCUGAAUAUGGUUUUGCUAUUUCCUUUGGUUUUUGAAAUGUGAAACAUUUCAACUAUGUUCUUUGUUUUUAGUCUUCUAUAUGUCACACUCUAAAAAUGUCCUAUUUGGGUAGCUUCUAGUCUGUUUGUCUGUUUUAUUUUUUUGUUAUGACUUUAAAAAAAUCUGUAUAAAUAUACAUACAUAUGUGUAUA